UAAGAAGCUGAUUGAGGAUAUAGAUGAGUACGACGGUGACGACCCUCUCUUCCCAUGGAUAAAGUGUGUUAAAUGGGUGCAGGAGGCGUUUCCUCCGGGUGGAGAGUGCUCGGGUCUGUUGGUGAUAUACGAGCAGUGCGUGAGAAGUUCUGGCACUCGGACCGGUACAAGGAUGAUCUUCGUUACCUCAAAGUCUGGUUGGAAAUGUAAUGUUUUUUUUAGCUCUUCCUUGAAAUAUCUUCUUUUGUAUUGGAAGUGUAGUUUACUAAAGGGAAGUGGUUUAUCCUUUUGAAGGCGGAGCAUUGCGCUGAUGCGGAAGUGAUUUAUAAGUUUUUGGAGGUUAAUGAUAUUGGGAGGACGCAUGGUUUUUACUACAUAGAUUAUGGGUUGCACAUGGAGUAUAAGGGUAAGGUGAAGACUGCUAAUGAGAUCUUCAAUCUCGGAAUCUCUAGGAAUGCAAAGCCUGUGGAGAAGUUGAAUGAUGCUUACAAGAAGUUUAUGGAGCCAAAGGAGAAUGACUUACCAUCAAGAAGCUUUGGGACUGUAUUGUCUAGGGGAGAUAAUAAUAAUACAGGAAGACAAGCUUUAGGACCACAAGCAAAGAGAACAAAUCUGAAUCACUCAUCCAAGGCACCUUUGGCUGUGUACAAGGAUACUAUAACGGGGGAUCAAACAGAGUCGGACAAGUCAAAACCAGAGUUUGGUUCUUGGCUUAUGCUUGGAGGCAGAGCAGAGAAGAACACAGAAAACAAUGCCUUACCUGGAAAAUGGGCAGCAUUCAAGGUUCCUCAGAAACCCAUUGUGAGAACUGCUGCUUCCUCUUUUGAGGUUUUUGUCGAUGAAGAAGAAUGUACAGACAGUGAGGGAGUAGAGAAAAGGAAGAAGAUUGAAACCAUCUCACCAUCAUCAUCAAACGUUUUGCCACUUAAUGAUGGCCGUGAGAUAAAGAAGUGCAACGCAUCGUAGAGGAUCCUUCCGUACUGGUGGCUACAUAUGAAGGGACGCAUAACCACUUAGGUCCAACGCUUCUGAAGGGAAUGUUACAAGACAAGUUGGAUCAAGCACUGUGACUUUGGAUAUGGUUUAUGGUGGGCAUAGAUUAGCUGUGGAGAAGAAUGAAAGUGGCUGCUAUAUCUGGGAGGUUGAUGGAGCAGUCUAGAACAUGAAGCUUUCAUUGAAUGUUUUUGUUUUGGUCUUCAUCCACAGAAAUUAGGAUGGCAUUUUCUACUCUUUCGAAUUGUAGAGGUUACGUGAGAAAAAAUGAAAACUUAAGUGUAUAUAAAUAUUACAUGAAAAAUCAUUAGCAUUCAAGGAAAUUUAAAUGUCAUUUGUUUUAAAUGUUAGAAGAAAGUUGAUUCAAUUGGAGCAAUUAAGGGAAAAUAUUCAUGAAAAUAUGGUAUAUGUAUGCUAUGAUAUUCACUUGGAACCAAGACAUCCUUAAUAAACAUGCUACAAUAGUUAGGGUGAAAUUUGGUGUUAUAUAGUCAAACUCUUUGAAAAAUUUAAUACCAUAACAUUCUGAAAAAAUAUUUUUAUAAUGGAAGCAUCACAGUAUUUUAUAUUUUAAAUUAAAUGGAUAUCUUUAAUAAAUUCAAAACAGUUUUUUCAUCAAAAAUCUAAGAAAUAAUAAAUUUAUAUUCCUUAUAUUUUCUGAUAAGAAUUUACUUUAUAAAUAAAUAUAAAAUCGGUGAUAAACGUCUUCAUCAUCUACAUCUAUAUGUAUGCUAAAUCAUUAUAAUGUAAAUAUGAUUAUAAAAAUAAAAUAUAUAAAUAUAAAAUAAACAAAAGAAAUAAUUGUAUUCAAUAACAAAAAUACAAUCAAUAUUAUUCUAUAUAUACUAAUGUAUAAUAAAAUUAUUGUAAGGAUUAUAUUUUAUAAGUUAACCAGUAAUAUUUAUUUCAAAACAAAUCUAUUCAAUUAUUCUAAUAACAUGGUUAGCGUUAUUUUCAUAUAUAAUAAUACAUAUAAGAUUCUAACAAACAUGUAUAUUUAUAUCCUUUCUCAAAAAAAAACAUGAAUCUUACACUAUUAAAAGGAGAAUAUGAAGUCGUCUUAAGCUGUCCACGUCAGCGAAAAAAUUCGCAACCAAUCAUUUGUCCAUGUCAUCAUGGAUGUUAAGUUGUUGGACCGCGAAUAUGUGCUGUGUAAUAGGUCCUUUAGCUUUAAUGACCCAUUUGUUUUGCCAUAUUCUUACUCCAACCUAAUUUUGUUACGACGCCUACAGAAGACAUUCCAGAACUCACUGUCUUUCUAUCUCUUCCGUAUAACGCCUGCGACGGCUAUAGUGACGAAUUAAAGCUACUUAAUUACUCCUCUAGAAAAAUCGGCGUCUAACUUUCAACAUUCCUCCUCUUACUCAAUCAUAACGAUGCUUCCUCAAGCCAAAAAUCUAUUGCUCGGAUCCUCAAAUCCAUUCCUAGCUUUAUGGCAAAUCAAACGGCAAUUCACCACCACCCAAAUUUAUUCUCCACUUUUCUUCAGUAAGGUUUCAUCAGGACCUGGAGAUUUCUAGUUGCUUUUUAAGCUAAUCUAUUUAUGGAAAGCUCGCAAUAAUUCCAAAGGAGACAUCAUUCUCGGUCUUGAGAUGUUGAUGACUGAUGAAGAGGUAUGUGUCCAUAUUUCAAUAUUAUGCUUCCGAUUUCAUACACGUCUCUGAUUUUUUUCUAACAGAGAGAAUAUGUUAACAAGAUUUUAUCCUGAAACUCAACACCUAAGAAUUUUUAACGUUAAGAAAUAAUUUUUAAGAUUAGUUAAAUAAGUGACCAUCUCUGAAUAUGUUAAUGGUUCUCAAUAUCCUUUUAUGUAGUAACUAAAUACAGAAUUGUUCAUAUUAAAAUCUACUACAUAUUUCACAUUUUUAUAACAAAUAAUUAUUUACAAAAUAAUAAAUACCAGAAAGUUUAAUAUUGAAAAUAAAUUAUGGCUUCAAAACUUAAAGAAUUGCUGAAUCAUUUUAUUGGUUAUCAAAAUUUACACAUUUAAGUAUUCAAAAUUAUUACACAUUUCUAAAAUUAUAUAUUUAUAUGAAAUAAAAGUUAUUUACUUAUACUUCAGAAAAUAAUUCAAAAUCAAUCAGAUGAUAUAUAAGAAAAUAUAUUAUAUACAUAAGAUGAUAUAAUUUUUUUAUUUUAUUAAAUGUAGAGUAUUUUAAAUUUUAAGAAAGAUUUAAACAUGGUUACGAAAAUAUUAAUAAAGACAUUUAAUAU